UUUUGUCCUCUUCAUAUGUGGAUUGUUCAGUGUUGGGAACGUGGUACCUCUAGGGUGUACCUUUCGAGCUGCCUUGUUGAGUUUAUGAUGAGAAGGCAGGGUCAGUAUGCUGAUUCUGGUGUCAAUUCAUAUGUUGCUCCUCAGAUGCAUCAUGCAUCUGGCCAGAUGAUAGAUAACAAUUCUGCUCAGUUUGAAGGACGGCUAGAAGCCUUCACUCCUGAAAGGGAUAACCCUUAUUUAGCGCCAAAAACAGAGGGGCAGUGGCGUUGGGAAAGAGAUGGAUCAAGAAUGUCAAAUUCUCUGAAUUCUCAGAUGUUCAGUGAAGGUCAAGGCGGUGAUUCAGCUAGACCAUACUUUCAGGGUCAGAGGAAUGAUAUGAAGAUGGCCUCAGAGAAACAAAGCAACAGUGAUACAAGGUCUCAACCACACAACGAAGACAUGGAAGUGGGAUAUGAAGACCCUCCUUCCUCACAAACGUUCCAAGGUCUUGAACAAAUAUUCCUUGAUGAUAUUAUGAAACUAGCCAAGGAACAAAACGAUGCAGAGGAUGCAGAAAACAAUAGACACAGAGAGAAAAUUAAUGCAAUUAAUGGUCAGUAUGAAGAGCAAUUAGCAGCACUUCGAGCUAGGCAUGCCAACCGUAGAGAUGAGUUCCUUCGGAGGGAAUCAUGCAUACGACAACAGCAAUACCAGCAAGGUGUGGUAGAUUGUUACCCAAAUAGCAGCAUUGGACCCAAUGAUCCUCGGGCUUACAAUGAAUUCCCAGCCUCAGCUGCUGCUGCUGCUGCAGCAGAUGGACACAGAGGCUUUGAUAAUAAUGAGCGAUACGAUUCCUACAGAGAGAGGGCUCGAUUUCUUGGAGGCAGCGGUAGAGACCAUGGUUUUGAGUCUAGAGGUCCUUAUCCCGGUGGCCGUGUUUAUGAUACUGGCUCGCACUAUUACUGACUGAUUUUCCAUCUGCCAGGUCUUCAUUAUCUUUUGGAACAAUCUAGUGUUAGUGUUUUUUUUUUUUCAUACAGUUCUCUAGCAUUUUUGGUAACUGAAAGGUACAAGUACAUGCCUUGAGAAGGCUCUAAUGUACCAUAUAACACCAAAGUCCUCUUCUCCAGUGCAAUAUUAUUAUUGUACCAAAUCUUGGUAUAAUGUUGAUGAUUAAUUACUAAUCAAAUAAAUAAUUAGGGUUUUUCUUUAGAA